UGAGAGUGACCUUGACUUCUGGUACACUAAGGCAAAGCAGUCCCUACACUCUGCUCUCAACCUGAAGCAGAACACCAACAAGGCAAAGAACCUAAUCCUCUUCCUUGGUGAUGGCAUGGGGGUAACAACUGUAACUGCUGCCCGGAUUCUGAAGGGACAACUGGAAGGCCAGUCUGGUGAGGAGGGUAGUCUGACAAUGGAUACAUUUCCUAACAUCGCUCUUUCAAAGACUUACAAUGUGGACUACCAGGUACCUGAUAGUGCAGGCACUGCUACAGCCUACCUGUGUGGGGUAAAGGGAAACUAUGGCACCAUAGGACUGAAUGCCAAAGCAAAGCGAUAUCAGUGUAGUACAUCCAAAGGUAAUGAGGUCACAUCUAUACUCAAGCGGGCCAAAGAUGCAGGGAAGUCAGUUGGUAUUGUGACUACCACCCGUGUACAGCAUGCAUCUCCUGCAGGAGCAUAUGCCCACAUUUCAGACAGAGACUGGUAUGGAGAUGCCGACAUGCCAGCAGAUGCCAUAUCAUCUGGGUGCAAAGACAUUGCUUAUCAGCUUGUUCACAAUGGGGACAUUAAUGUAAUACUUGGAGGAGGCAGGAAGUACAUGUUUCCUGCAGGAACACCAGAUCCUGAAUAUCCCUCCGAGUCUUCCAAGGCUGCAACACGAAAAGAUAACAGAACACUGGUUAAUGACUGGCUGUCAAGCAGAAAGAAAGCGGUUUAUGUGUGGAAGAAAGCAGACUUCGAUGCAGUCGAUGAGAGCACCACUGACUACUUAAUGGGUUUGUUUGAGCCUGGCGACAUGAAAUAUGAACUGAACCGUGAUAAAACUAUGGACCCUUCAAUUGUUGAGAUGACCGAAAAAGCCAUUAAGAUCCUGCACAAGAACCCUAAAGGAUUUUUUCUGUUUGUAGAAGGUGGACGCAUUGAUCAUGGCCAUCAUGACACAAAAGCAAAAAUGGCACUAACAGAAGCUGUCCUUUUUGACCAAGCAAUUAAACGGGCCAGUGAGCUGACCAGUGAGAGUGAUACCUUGACAGUUGUUACAGCUGAUCAUUCCCAUGUCUUCACGUUUGGAGGAUACACUGUACGUGGCAAUCCUAUUUUUGGAUUAGCAUCCUCUGUAGCAUCUGAUAAAAAAAACUUCACAUCGAUCCUGUAUGGGAAUGGACCAGGCUAUGCCAAUACUAGUGAGGGGCGCCCGAAUGUGAAUGCAAACACAGGAGAAAAUAAAGACUACAUGCAACAAACUGCAGUACCUCUGGACUCAGAAACCCAUGGAGGAGAAGAUGUAGCAAUUUUUUCCAAAGGCCCCAUGGCCCACCUUCUGCAUGGCGUCCAAGAGCAAAGCUAUAUCCCUCAUGUGAUGGCAUUUGCUGCAUGUAUUGAACCCUACACAGACUGUAACCUUGGCAAUGGUGCUUCCAGUCAGCAGUUUCCAACCAAAUGUUCCUGGUCUGCUCUAAUAGCGUUUGUCAUCAUACUCUUAACUGAGAAAAUUAUGUCUUGAAACAGCAUGAAAUAAUUAAGACUGGAACUACUUAAGUAUAAUAUUUCUAACUUCAUACAUAUUUUUUCUGAACUACAAACUCAAAAAUAUAUUGGGACUUUCUGAACACUUCUUUUAAACUAUGGCCUUAACUCUUUUGGAUGUAAUAUCUGAAUAGCUAGUUAAUUAGUAAUGCCAACAGAUGUAGAACAAUGUCUUUGGCUGUGAUGGUGUCACUGUAGUUAACACUAAUACUUCUCUUCUGUAAUAAAAGUAUUUUGAAUUUGA